UAGAAAAUCGAUUGCUCGCGUGGCACUUGAAUUCUAAAAUUUUGUUUUUGUGCUCUUAUGAGAUUAGGUGUUUAAGAAGCCGAGCUUCGGAAUCGACUUCAGUUCAAAGAAGAGCCCUCACUAUGAAACUACAAUUGCUCCUGAUUACCCUAUUGGUUUGCUGUUUGGUCAGUAAAUCUCUACAAUGGUUUUCGUGUCCCAAAUACUAUAUUAAUGAACGUGGUUAUUGGGUGGAACAUCGAAUUACUCAACCCUAUCCGUGCCAAUAUGGGGCAGCUACUCCUUAUGGGGCAGCUACUCCUUAUGGGCCAGCUACUCCUUAUGGGCCAGCUACUCCUUAUGGGCCAGCUACUCCUUAUGGGCCAGCUACUCCUUAUGGGCCAGCUACUCCUUAUGGGCCAGCUACUCCUUAUGGGCCAGCUACUCCUUAUGGUGCAUUCGAUGGAGUGCCAUUCCGAAAUGAUUAAAAAAUAAAUAUAUAUAUAUGGAAAUAUGGAACUCUUUUAAAUUAAUAAAGACCGUUUUCAAUUUAUAAAAAUACAAAUAAAGUUAAAUUACAA